CAAUGRGAAAAUUAGCGGGUGCGAAUAGAAGCAAACCGCCCCCUAUAUAAAUCUGGUGGCAGCUUUCAAUUUCUCAAAUUGGAAAAAAAGAACAAGGGAAAUGGUUAACGAAUCUUCUUACCACGAAUCCUCGAAUUCAGGAGUUUUGGUGCGCAAUGAGAAGCGGAAUUGGGCGGUUUCUCCGUCUGAUGUUGUUUAUCAUUUUGGAACCAGUGGGCUCUCCGUCGCGGUCGCCACCGCCGUUACUCACCCUUUAGAUGUACUUAAAGUUAGGUUGCAAAUGCAACUUGUGGGGCAGAGAGGACCUUUGACUGGAAUGGGACGACUGUUUGUGCAACUGUUGAAUAAUGAAGGGCCAAGGUCUUUGUAUUUGGGGUUGUCACCAGCGCUGACAAGAUCAGUUCUCUAUGGAGGUCUUCGUUUAGGCUUAUACGAACCGUCAAAGUAUGCUUACGAUUUGCUUUUUGGGUCUACUAAUAUCUUUGUUAAAAUCGGAUCUGGAGCAAUUUCUGGUKCAGUGGCAACCGCUCUCACCAAUCCAGUCGAAGUUCUCAAGGUCCGAUUACAAAUGAAUCCAAAUUCGACCGGAGGACCUAUCAAAGAAAUGUCCAGAAUAGUAACCGAGGAGGGACUAAAAGCUCUUUGGAAGGGGGUUGGCCCUGCUAUGGCCAGAGCAGGUGCUUUGACAGCAUCUCAGCUGGCAACAUAUGACGAAUCUAAGCAGGUUUUGGUUAAGUGGACACCCUUACAAGAAGGAUUUCCUCUGCAUCUCAUCUCAAGUGCAGUAGCAGGCGUGGUGAGUACUCUCAUGACAACACCUAUUGACAUGAUUAAAACACGUCUUAUGUUACAACGAGAGUCUAAAAAAGCUGGAAACUACAAGAAUGGACUUCAUUGCGCAUAUCAGGUUAUGCUAACUGAAGGGCCUCUUGCACUUUACAAAGGGGGGCUAGCCAUUUUUGCAAGAUUGGGUCCACAAACCACAAUCACAUUCAUAGUCUGCGAGAAGUUACGCCAGCUUGCAGGAUUAAAUGCAAUCUAGAUGUGAUAAAUGUGCARUUACAAGCAGACACGUUAAACCAACUAUAUUGACUGAGAGCACCAAAUUGCAAAUAAAGCCCCAAGUGAGAACAUUUAAUUUCUUUUUCACCCCCACAACAACMGAUGAACCCUSGUAUUACGACCUUACUUGAACAGGAUCUGUUCUAUARGUUGUACAUUUACUGUUGAACCGUCGUAUUGUUUCUUUACUCAUCCCCUCCCAACUGGGUCUUAGCUUAGAGGCCCUUCUCUCACCAUAUUAUGUUUAUAGGUCACCCCAGUACAGCCACAKGUAGUAGAUAAMAAGGGAUUUUAAAUUAUUAAACUUUCGUUACGGAGUUUGAAGUUAGUACUUUGGAGAAUAAUUUCCAGCCACCCGAGGUGGCGGGGGCUUCCACGUACAAGUAUUGUUUGCAUUCCUUGAAAAGGAUCGGGUCGGGUUGGUUUSGUUUGGUUUGAUUUUUAUAGUGUAUUGAGUUUCCUGUACUAUACAUUUCUUUUYUCUUUUCUGCUUGAGGCUCAUAUGAUUUGUGAAAACUUGUCUCUUAGUUGACCCAGGCUGAAUUGGACUUAAUUUUGGUUUUGAGGGGGCAUAUUGAAUUGGCACUCCUUGCUUUGCUUCCCUUCAUUUACAAUUUUAGGUGCAACCAACCCCAAGUUGUGUGUAAUUGACUUCAAAGGAAAUUGGACUCCAGCUAUCAUGACAGGUACUCUCUGUUAUCUAUUUCCAGCUUUUCCUCAA